AUGUCAAAUAGAAACUUUUCAUCGACGAUUGGCUUUAUAUCCAGUUUCAUCGGCAUGGCGGGUCUUGUCUUGACCAUCAUCUCCUUAAUACCACUCAACAGUUACAAUCUAUACACAACGCUCGAUACGCUGCUGCAACUAAUAUCGUUUGAACUCAAAAGAGCAGGCCAAGACGAAUGGCACCCUAUCCAGCUAUCGUCCACUGCCAUAUUGUAUGUCAUCUUUUUAUCGUUUUCUUUUCUAUCCAGUGUGCUGGUCAUUUUUACGACAUGUAUCGCAUGCUGCCGACAUCAGACCUUUCAACCUCAACAGACCAACAACAACAGCACACACAGUGCCAAAUACGAGAAAAUCACACAGCAUAAAUCGUGGUUUCUUCGAUUUACGUGCGUGGCAUUACUGAUCCAGAUGGCAGCCUCGAUAUUUGGCACGCAUCUCAUUUACAAGGUCAAACCCGAUAUUCAAGAAAUGCCACUGGAAAUCCAAUACAAUGUAUCCAUUUCGUGCGCCAUUUUAUGGAUCAGUUAUUUAGCCAUUAUUGUAUUCUCGCUUGUGUUGCUCUUUGCCUCAUUUUGUAUAUUAAUCGGCUCACAUUCCUAUCGAACCACCCCUGCUUCAGUAGGGCCUUUAUCACCAUCCCUGUCUGUCAGAAGAAGACAACAAGAAGUUCAAGAAAUGGAUGAUGAAACAAGACCUUUGAUGAUUGUAUAA